UGGCCCUGGCCGGCUGCUGGGCCUUCUUGCCGGGACGCUCCCACCUCUUCUCUGUCUGAGGAGUGACUCUGGAGGGUCAUUAAAUGCAGCAGACCUCAGGCAGAUCAUGUCCCCUCUUUCCUGCCUGUUUAGGAAGCUCGACCUGCCCAGCAGGGCUUUUGAAGCCGCCUCCAAAGGGGACUUUGAGCUGCAGGGCUAUGCCUUUCAGGCUGUGACGGAGCAGCAGAGGAGGCCCCGGACCGUGCGCAUGGGGCUUGUUCAGAACAGAACCCCCCUCCCCGCGGACACCCCUGUGGUGAAACAGGUCACUGCCCUGCACAGACGCAUCGAGGCCAUCGUAGAGGUGGCUGCCAUGUGUGGAGUCAACAUCAUCUGUUUCCAGGAAGCAUGGACUAUGCCCUUUGCUUUCUGUACGAGAGAGAAGCUUCCAUGGACGGAAUUUGCCGAGUCAGCAGAGGACGGGCCCACCACCAAGUUCUGUCAAGAGCUGGCGAGGAAGCAUGACAUGGUGGUGGUGUCCCCCAUCCUGGAGCGAGACACGGAGCAUGGGGACAUCUUGUGGAACACAGCCGUGGUGAUCUCCAACUCUGGAGCCGUCCUGGGCAAGACGAGGAAAAAUCACAUCCCCAGAGUGGGCGACUUCAAUGAGUCCACAUACUACAUGGAGGGGAACCUGGGCCACCCCGUGUUCCAGACUCAGUUCGGGAGGAUCGCCGUGAACAUUUGCUACGGGCGGCACCACCCCCUCAACUGGCUCAUGUAUAGCAUCAACGGUGCUGAGAUCAUCUUCAACCCCUCGGCCACCAUCGGAGUGCUCAGUGAGUCCCUGUGGCCAAUCGAGGCCAGAAACGCAGCCAUCGCCAAUCACUGCUUCACCUGCGCCAUCAACCGGGUAGGCGAGGAGUUCUUUCCGAACGAGUUCACCUCUGGGGAUGGCAAGAAAGCUCACCAGGACUUCGGCUACUUUUACGGCUCAAGCUACGUGGCGGCCCCUGAUGGCAGCCGGACCCCUGGGCUCUCCCGCAACCGGGAUGGGCUGCUGGUCACCGAGCUCGACCUCAACCUCUGCCGGCAGGUGAAUGACAUCUGGGGCUUCAAGAUGACAGGCAGGUACGAGAUGUACGCACGGGAGCUUGCCGAAGCUGUCCAACCCAACUACAGCCCCAAGAUUGUGAAAGAGUAACAGGCUUCAGCCGCUGCCCGCCAAGGAGGGCACCUCUGCCCACAGCAGAUCAGCCUGGGCUCUGGGCUCUAGUGUCCAAAUUCUCCCUGCUUGAUGCCCUGACAGCACUGCUGCCCAGAUUGGUUUUAAAGUGCCUGGGUGGGGAGGGUCGAAUGAGUACCAGGUUUCCUUCUGUGGUGAUGGAAAUAUUUGGGGACUGGGUAGAGGUGAUGGCUAUACAACAUUGUGAAUGUACCAAAUCCACUGAAUUGUUCACUUUGAAAUGAUUAAACUUUGUUAAGUGAAUUUUAGAAAUUCAAUUAAAGACAAUCCCAGGGACUUCCCUGGUUGUCCUGUGGCUAAGACUCCCAAUGCAGGGGGCCCGGGUUCAAUCCCUGGUCAGGGAACUAGAUCCCACAUG